UGUAAUUGUAUGUAGCGAAAAUAUAUCGAUGCGAUGCUACUCACGUAUCAACUUAGCUGCUUCCGUGAUAUAUAACUCUCCACAGAGUACUUUAACGUCAGAAUGUGAUAUUCAUCAGUGAUAAUAGUGUCAUUUAUUUAGCAAAAAACUUUCAAACUUUUUAUAAGUUAUAAAAUGUUGAAAUAUAUUAUAUUUUUUUAUAUUAUGCUUUUUUCGGUAUAUGCCGAAUCAUCCAUUCAAAAUGUAAAACCAACAAAUGUUCUUGGCACUUCUGAUCAGCAUGCGUCUUUCAGUUUUAUUAGACCAGGUUUAAUACAAACAGCUUUUGCUUUUAAUGGUCCUAAUUCACACCAAUCAUUUAGUUCCAAUAUUGGAAAUCUUCAAUUAGCGCAAAGAGUUUUACCAAAUAUUGCUAACGCUCUUGCUUAUAAAAACCCUAGUUUAGGUGUAUUUCCUAUUGCACAUGGCUAUGCAACUGCACCUACUUUUGUUUCUUCUGCACCUACAUCGUUACCAUAUCAAGCUUCUAUUGAUCCAUUUAAUGCUCUAGCAUAUUAUCAACAGUUACAACAAUUUCAACAACCCCAUAUACAUGGCUAUUCACCAGCUAACGCAUAUCAAACACAAUUAGCACAAUUAUUUGCAUUACAGCAAGCUCAAGCUCAAACUCAAUCUCAAGAAAAUGUGCAAGCUACACAGUCUCAUACACAAGUUCAUCCUGAACAAAUUCAGUUACAACAAGAGCAACAACAACAAUCUCAAAAUUUAUUAGGUGUUGCUUAUUCAUCAGCACCAUCAGUAGCACGAGUGAAAGUUUCCGGAAAUGGCUAUAAAUUUGAUUUCUAAGAUAUAUAAGU